GAUGGCAGUAUGCUACUUUGAAGUUGGUUCGCCAUCCGACAAUAAACUCGAAGAAGAAGAAGCAACCGUUGGAGCUUCUUGUUAAUACUUCUAUGGUUUAUGCUAGGUUAGCCACGUUUAUCUUCCUUCUUUCUGAAACUAUUGAUCAUAUUAGUGUGCCAUUACUAAAUCUGGAGGCAUGGAAACAGCUCUGAUUCAGCUGAGGCUGUUUGUUCAUCAGCGGCUGUACAGAGCAGCGGAGGAUAUCCUCGGAGAAGUGGAGAAAACCAUAAAGUUAGCUUUGUUAGCGGACGGUGGUACCGACCUAUUUGAAGAGGACGCUGGAAGUCCGCCACCACCGCUGGACCUGCGGAAGAAACCAGUUGUAGAGCGUUCACUGACCAGCAGCACAGUGGAAAGUGAGGAAGAUGAGUGUGAUGCACCACUGCAGGAGAACCCAGGACCCUCAACACCAGAAGAGUCUAAUUUGGAUGCUGAGAUACCAGGACCCUCAACACCAGAAAAGUCUGAUUUUAAUGCUGAGAUCCCAGGAACCUCUCAAAAAAGUGCAGAUCUGGACAAUAAUGAUUGGAACUACUGCUCAGUUCAGACAGACUAUGAGCUGACAGAGAUAAAAGAAGAGCAGGAGGAACUUUGGGAUGACAGUCAAACUGAGGAGAUGUAUUUACCUUCUUCUGUAAUUGUGAAAAGCGAGCAAGAUCUGCAAGAGGGAGAAAUAUCAUAUGAACUGGAGCCAGUUUCAGACAGCUCUGCAGCCCAGAGUGAGAACAGUGACCGAGAUGAGGAAUUGGUGAACAACGAAGGAGAACAGACCAACACAAAUAUAAGUGAAGGGCAAAGUGAAAUGCCUGAAGAGAAAAACAAAGCUAAAAGUGAAAAGGGUCGCAGCUUUUGUCAUUUUUGUGGCAAGGGAUUCCAGUACAUUGGCUCUUUGAUGAAGCACAUAAAAACACAUGAGAACAAUUUCGAUUGCACUGCUUGUGGGAUGACCUGCCAGUCUACCCAGGACCUGAUAGUUCAUGUUAAAGAUUGUCACAACGAAACAUGUUUUUGUGAAGUUUGUGGCAAGAUUUUUGCCAAUAUGCGUUGUCUCCGGCUGCAUGAAAGAAUACACGGGAGCAUUAGCAUAAAAGAGUAUGUCUGUCAAGAAUGUGGUAAGACUUUUUAUCGCAGAGAGCAUCUGAUUGUGCAUGUGAGGACCCAUUCUGGAGAGAAACCCUAUCACUGUGAUGUUUGUGGAAAAGCAUUCAGUCAGAGCCAGAACCUUACAAUUCAUAAAAGAAGUCAUUCAGGAGAGAAACCGUAUCAAUGUGGCCUGUGUGGCAAACUUUUUAAUACUAGCAGUCAUCUUAAAACACACAUGAGAUACCACUCAGGAGAAAAACCGUAUCAAUGUGAUGUUUGUGGUAAACGUUUUGGCCAAAGCGGACAGAUGACCAGACAUCGAACCACGCAUACAGGAGAGAGGCCCUAUGGCUGCCAUAUUUGUGGAAUGAGGUACAGGUUUGCCCCUAAUCUGAAAGUCCACAUCGAAACUCAUGAAAAGGCAACCACUGAGUAAAAACAGGCAGGCUUCUGACAUCCGUUAGAUUCUUUUUAAAGAAUAACUCCUUGAACUCUAACAUAUUUAGAUUGAGUGCAAGUAUGUUCAUAAUUGUCUUUAAGGUUUCUAUGUAUGUAAAUAGGAAGGCUGAAGAUUGUCACUUUUAAGCUGGUGCAAUUUUUGCCAAGACUGUUUCAUGUGUUUAUUUUUGCAUAUUGUUCUGUGUAAUGUCUUUCUAUACUGAAAUCAUAUUCCAGCAUAAGGAACAAUAAAGUUUAGUAUCCUGCCAUUCA